AGCGGCUCUUCCAGCGGCCCCUCUCCCGUCGCAGGUACAUCCCGAAGGUGGAGGGGCCGCCAAGCAAGGACGGGAGCUCAACCAGCCAAGUGGCCUCCAAUUCGACUGUAUCACGAACCUCCUCUAGAGCUGUUUAUACCAACAAUAUUCGCUGGAGGGAUGCAAUGUCAGACACAAUGACAUUGCGAGGCAAAGCCAGCGUGUUCGCCGGCGCUGCCCUGCUCCGACUUAUCUUAUUCCUUGCUUUCCCUGGCCUGCCCGAUCUCCUAACAGGUCGCGUCGAGAUAUCCACCCCCGUCACAAGCUUCAAGCGAUUACAAGAAGGUCUAUUCCUAUAUACGAACAAUGUCUCGCCAUACGAUGGUGGUGUCUUCCACCAGGCUCCUCUUCUGUUGCCCUUGUUCUCGCUACUCCCCGACGUAAAGAGCUGGCCCAUCUUCACACACCUACUCUACAUCGCCGUCGACCUCCUCAGCGCCGACGCUCUGUAUAAAAUUGCCGAAUCGGGUGUUGCGGGCAACUCGAAGCUAUUUACAUCGCCGCGCCGUGCCAAUAAGUUUGGUAGUGCUGCAAUUGCUGCUGGCUUCUUGUUCAACCCAUACACCAUUGCGACAUGUAUAGGACGAUCAACAGGCGUCUUCACCAACUGCGCCAUUCUUCUUGCCAUCGCCAAAGCUAUCCAAGGAUCUCCUUUCAACGCCAUGGUCGCAAUCUCUUUCGCAUCUUAUUUGUCUAUGUAUCCUAUCCUGCUCCUCCCUCCGCUUGUCCUCCUUGCCUAUGAUUGCCAAGUUGAGAAGCGUCGGAUUGCUUGCAUCACUAAGUUUGCAGCUACUAACGUAGCUGCUGUGCUGGGGUGCGUGGUUUUGUUAUUGGGCAUGUCUUUUUUGCUUGCCAACAACUCCUGGGAGUUCCUGGCUCGCACAUAUGGCAUCCAAUUGACCUUAUCGGAUCUCACACCUAACGUGGGACUGUGGUGGUAUUUCUUCAUUGAGAUGUUUGACUCGUUUAGGGCUUUCUUCCUUGGCGUCUUCUGGCUGCAUCUUGCAGCCUAUCCUGCAGCCCUCUCUAUCCGUCUCCGCCCCCAGCCCUUGGCUGUCUUGACCAUCCUACUGGGCAUUUUCUCAAUCUUCAAGCCUUAUCCUUCGCUUGCAGAUGCCAGCCUCUUCUUGUCUGUGGUCCCUCUGUUCCGACAUGUUUUCCCCCUUAUGCGGUACGCUUUUGUUACCACCUCUACGCUGCUGUACGCGACAUUCCUUGGGCCAGCUUUUUACCACCUCUGGAUCUAUGCAGGAAGCGGCAAUGCCAAUUUCUUCUAUGCCAUCACUCUUGUGUGGAGUUUGGGUCAGAGUCUGCUGGUGACAGAUCUCACUUUCGCCGUCUUGCGAGAUGAGUGGGAAAUUGAGCGACCUGAGAUGGUUGGCAAAGAGAUCAGACAGAUAUGAAUCAUGACACAAAGAGAUGUGAAGUCACUAAGUGGCAAUGGGUCUGAUACGCCUUGAGAAAAAUUAUGAUAGAUAGUUCGCAACAUCUAGAUCACGGGAAGGGAACAUCCUUUGGGGUUAUCCCUCUGACAGAGGGUAUUUGGAAGUGGUUUGUCUAUUACAUAAAUGUACAAUAAUUUUACAUCGUUAUCAUCAUUCCUAGUCCACGUCUGUAUCGGUCUCGACGAACCGAGCCUGGUUUGACGGAUGAGAUGGUCUAGGUGCUUCCACUGGCCCUCCUAAUACACUGCCCAACAUGGAGCCCAGCGCACCAAACUCGCUGAGUUUCGAAUAGUUUUUGUGUGAAUACCACACUUGUAUCCGUGAUCCAAAUGGCUGUAGUGCCUUGUAUGUGUGAUAGCCAUAGCCAAGAGCUGCACCUGUGGCAAGGAGACUCAAUGCCAACAUGAGGGAUCUGGCAUCAAUGCCAGUGAUACCUCCUUCAGCACGUCUUCGCACUUCGGUCGCAUACUCAUCACCCAGACCAGGAACGUUGUGAAGGAUGCUGUCAAGAGUUCGGCUUCCAAUGCGUAAUACGGUGUUAUUACCAGGCUCAACCCACGGCAAGAGUUUGGACUUGUCCAGACAUCUUGUCUUCAUACCGUCAACAAACGUGGACAACCGAGGUGUCUUCUUCAUGAGCCAAUCUUUUAAGAAAGAUCUUGGUACGGGGGCAUCACGCAUCAAGGCGAGAUAGCCAAAGGCUAAGCAGUCCAAAGAUGAGAUUUCUGUACCGUUGAAGAAACCAUGCAUCUUCUCCUCGGGCCCUCCCUCGAGGAAAUCAUCUAACACAGUGAGACAGUCUUCUGUGAUUCCAUAUAACCUUAUAAGAACUGCUUGUUCAGGGGUCAUUUCUUCAUGAAUCGUCUUCUUUGUCCUCACAGGAAUGUGCCUUCGGAAUGUCUCUGGUAAAGCAUCUCUUCCGGAGGAUAGGUGAAGGCCGCCAUUAGGGUCAAAGUCGGUAUCCAUAUCAGCAAAGCCCAGGUGCUCAACACGUUUAACAGCCUCGGCACGGAGCAGUGGCGGAACUGUCCAUGUCAAUGGGAAGGAUAAUAGAGUGCUGAAGGCGGGCCGAGUUGUGGCUGACCAGUUGGCAGCGGAGACAUAGAGUGAAAGAUCCAGCAAUGGAGCAGCGUGCGCAGACAAGAAGGCAACAUAUGCAACACGGUCAGCCUGCUGAAUGUCGGUCAGGCCAGCAUCCAGAUUGUCACCGAUGGACUUGUCAGUCAAGUACUCGACAAUAGGACCGAAGCCUGAUACCCAUACGCCCUCAUCAUACAAUGCUGGUAGUGUAUCUGGUUGCAACGGUCAGCAAGACAGGGUUCAGUCAAGGCAACGGUAAUGGUAAGCCAUACUACACGGGCUGAUGGAAGGAUCGUUGCUUGGAAUCAGGCGCCAGGCUGAUACAGGGAGGCUGCUAUGCAGGUAUGUGAUGAUAGCAAGGCACUCGGGGUCAAUGGACGGGAGGCCAAAGGCGGAGCCCCAUACGUGAAGGUCUAACAUGGCUGGCCAGGGUCCGACGAUCAGGCUGUGAAGCUAUCCCAGGUUGUCUGUAGCUAUACCACAGACGUCAUGUGCUCCGAAAGCAAAGGUUGUAUGAUUGCGGGAUUCAGUCCGCAGUAACGGAAGCGCGCGGUAGUCUGAGGCGGAGAGAGGGUAUAAAGUUUUGUGAUAGAUCUCGUGGCGAUACGCCAAUAUCACCAAGUAAAACUUAGUUGAUCUUCGAGGUCGGGGAACUCUUGAAGGCUUCACAAACG